AUGUCUACCGUUGGAAAAACUAUUACUUGUAAAGCUGCCGUUGCUUGGGAAGCUGGAAAGCCAUUAUCAAUUGAAGAUAUUGAAGUUGCUCCACCAAAGGCUCAUGAAGUCCGUAUCAAACUUUCACAUACUGGUGUUUGUCACACUGAUGCUUAUACCUUAAGUGGUAUUGAUCCAGAAGGUGCUUUCCCUGUCGUGUUAGGACAUGAAGGUGCUGGUAUUGUUGAAUCUAUUGGUGAAGGUGUCACCAGUGUUAAAGUUGGUGAUAGUGUUGUUGCCUUAUAUACUCCAGAAUGUAAAGAAUGUAAAUUCUGUAAAUCUGGUAAAACCAAUUUAUGUGGUAAAAUUAGAGCUACUCAAGGUAAAGGGGUUAUGCCAGAUGGUACUUCAAGAUUUACUUGUAAAGGUAAAGAAUUAUUACAUUUCAUGGGUUGUUCAACUUUUUCUCAAUAUACUGUUGUGGCUGAUAUUUCUGUGGUUGCUGUUAAUCCAGAAGCUAAACCAGAUAGAACUUGUUUAUUAGGUUGUGGUAUUACUACUGGUUAUGGUGCCGCUACUAUCACUGCCAAUGUUCAAGCUGGUGAAAAUGUCGCUGUGUUUGGAGCUGGUUGUGUUGGUUUAUCUGUUGUUCAAGGUGCUGCUGAAAGAAAAGCUGCUAAAAUCAUUGUUGUUGAUAUUAAUGAUAAAAAAUCAGAAUGGGCUCAUAAAUUUGGUGCUACUGAUUUCGUCAAUCCAUCUACUUUACCAGAAGGUACUACCAUUGUUGAUAAAUUAAUUGAAAUGACUGAUGGUGGUUGUGAUUUUACUUUUGAUUGUACUGGUAAUGUUAAUGUUAUGAGAAAUGCUUUAGAAGCUUGUCAUAAAGGUUGGGGUACAUCUAUUAUUAUUGGUGUUGCUGCUGCUGGUAAAGAAAUUGCCACCAGACCAUUCCAAUUAGUUACUGGUAGAGUUUGGAAAGGUGCCGCCUUUGGUGGUGUUAAAGGUAGAUCUCAAUUACCUGGUAUAGUUGAAGAUUAUAUGCAAGGUAAAUUAAAGGUUGAUGAAUUCAUAACUCAUAGACAUCCAUUAUCAAACAUCAAUACUGCUUUUGAAGACAUGCAUCAUGGUGAUUGUAUUAGAGCUGUCAUUGACUUAUAA